AAUCAAAGAGUCUCCUCUCAUCAUUCACGCUUUUCUUACUUCUUUCAUAAAGACUGAGCAACCAACAGAUGCGAAUUUCUUCUUCUUCGUCUUCUAUAUUCUGCUCAACACACAUGAACAGGAGCCGCACGACGAAGACCAAAGCUCCCGUUUUGUACUUCUGAGUUUCCUUGGGCUUUUGAUGCUUAUCGGAGGGAACCCUAGAUUUUUGUUCUGUUAGAUUUUAGGAGCGAUUUUACCAAUUUGUGGAUUUUGGGGGAUAUGGUGAUGAGUAGGUUAGUUUUCGCAAUUUUUCUGGGGAAUUGUCUCUGGUUGCUUCUCCUGUCUAGCUCGAUCGAUGCAAAUGAGGCCAACGUAAAUUGCUUGAGGUCCAUACUUAGCCAAGUUAAGGAUCCGAAUGGUUAUUUAUCGAGUUGGGUAUUUAGAAACCAGACUGUUGGUUUUAUCUGCAAGUUCACUGGUGUGACUUGCUGGCAUGACGAUGAGAAUAGGGUUUUGAGCAUCAAGCUCUCUGGUUUUGGUCUCACUGGAGAGUUUCCUCUUGGGAUUAAGCAAUGUUCUGAUUUGACAGGUCUUGAUCUUUCUAGAAACAACUUCUCUGGAACUUUACCAACCAACAUUUCCUCCUUGAUUCCACUUGUUACCACUCUGGACCUCUCCGGCAAUAGAUUCUCUGGUGAAAUCCCUCCACUGAUCUCAAACAUUACCUUUUUGAACACUCUUAUGCUUCAGCAAAACCAGUUCACUGGUCCUCUUCCUCCGCAGCUAGUGCUACUCGGACGGCUCACUAAGCUCUCUGUGGCUGACAAUCGUCUCAGUGGUCCUAUCCCAACUUUCAACGAAACCACCUUGAAAAUUGGACCACAAGACUUUGCUAAUAACCUGGAUUUGUGUGGUAAGCCUCUGGAAAAAUGCAAGGCUCCUUCUAGCCCUCGUACUAAGAUUAUUGUUAUAGCGGGAGUUGCUGGAUUGACUGUGGCCGCGUUAGUCGUUGGGAUUGUUUUGUUCUUCUACUUCCGUAGAAUGGCUGUUCUUCGGAAGAAGAUGAGAAACGAUCCUGAAGAAAACAGAUGGGCAAAGAUCUUGAAAGGACAGAAAGGCGUUAAGGUUUUCAUGUUUAAGAAAUCGGUUUCGAAGAUGAAACUAAGCGAUCUUAUGAAGGCAACAGAGGAUUUCAAGAAAGACAAUAUCAUUGGAAAAGGAAGAACAGGAACUAUGUACAAAGGAGUGCUUGAAGACGGAACUCCACUUAUGAUAAAGAGGUUGCAGGAUUCUCAACGGUCUGAAAAAGAGCUUGAUUCAGAGAUGAAGACUUUGGGAUCUGUAAAACACAGAAACUUGGUCCCUCUCUUAGGCUAUUGUAUUGCGAGUAAGGAGAGGCUUCUGAUAUACGAGUACAUGCCAAAAGGUUACCUUUAUGAUCAGUUACAUCCCGCAGAUGAAGAAACCUCCAAGCCCAUGGAUUGGCCUUCGAGGCUGAAAAUCGCGAUAGGUGCAGCAAAAGGAUUGGCAUGGCUUCAUCACAGCUGCAACCCGAGGAUCAUCCAUCGCAACAUAAGCUCGAAAUGCAUAUUGUUGACUGCAGAUUUCGAGCCCAAGAUCUCGGAUUUCGGUCUAGCUAGGCUGAUGAACCCAAUUGAUACACAUUUGAGCACAUUCGUCAAUGGGGAAUUUGGGGAUUUCGGUUAUGUUGCUCCCGAGUAUUCAAGAACCAUGGUGGCAACUCCAAAAGGAGACGUCUACAGCUUCGGGGUUGUGCUUCUAGAGCUAGUAACAGGGCAAAAAGCAACGAGUGUGACAAGAGAAUCUGAAGAAGGCGAGGAAGAAGAAGAAAGCUUCAAGGGUAACCUUGUGGAAUGGAUUACAAAGCUAUCGAGUGAAUCAAAGCUGCAAGAAGCGAUUGACAGGUCCUUACUUGGGAAGGGAGUGGAUGAUGAGAUCUUCAAAGUGCUGAAAGUAGCAUGCAACUGCGUUCUACCGGAAGUAGCAAAGCAGCGGCCUACCAUGUUUGAAGUGUACCAGUUUCUAAGGGCCAUUGGAGAGAGCUACAACUUCACCACCGAUGAUGAUAUCUUAGUUCCUUCUGAAUCAGGAGAAGCCGAUUUCAUCGAAGAGCUCAUAGUUCGCUGAUCAAGAGUGAAGUGUAAGACUUCUGAAACGAACGUCUUUUAGUCCUAGCUGUUCCAAGAUAUACAUAUCUAUAAAUAUAUAUAUAUAUAUAUGUAUUGUUUUUUAUUUUAUUUUUGGUUUCUGCUCGUCGAUGGUGUGAUUGUAAUAUGAAAUAUUGUUAGAUGCACUCUCUCUUAUUACUACUACACUGAGCUUUGGUUGUUUCA